CCAGGAUUACAAUGAGUGAAGCAUGCACCAGUAAUUCCUUUUUAGUUCUUUAAAAGCCUAUUUCAUUAUUAAAUGAUUACGAGUGCAUCGGGUGAAAAUUUCACCUUAUAAUGUCCGCCCUUUAAAGAAGUGUGUAUUUACUGAAAAGUGUUGGAUAUAUAUAUGGAAGUUUAGAGAUGGAUUUAAGCACCAGCUCCGCGUUAUUUGUGACCAUCCUGGUCCUGGGAUACGCCUCUAACGCCUUGGCGAUUGACUGCUGGGUCUGUAAUUCAGACAGCGAUCCUACAAAUUGUGGGGAGGUCAUCAACGAUGUCGGAUUACAGGACGCAAAAAGUACGGCGUCAAACUGCGCAGCGUGCGGCAAAUACUUCAAAAGUCUAGGAACAGUUUUUACCUAUGUGGAGCGGUCGUGUCUCUCUACAGAGACGGAUACGUGUGAUAACAAAAUGGGGUACGGCUACUGUACCUGUUCUACCACCUACUGUAACGGACAGGAGCGGAUCUCAUUAACAACGCCCCUGGCUCUUCUAACAGCUGUUUGUGUUGUUCUUGUUAAAUAUUUAUGAAACAUCUCGACAAACAUGCGAACAGGACUAGAAAACCAGUAUUAAAACAUUUGGGCUUGGAGGGCAGUUGAGGCUGAUUUUUUUUUCUUUUUUUUUCUUUUACACCUAAAUGAUCGUUUAUUUUUGAAAAUUGAAUUGUUUUAUACAUGUAAAAUCUUGACUGUUUCAACAAAAUUGCUUAAAGCUUAAAAGAAAAAUUCAAACUUGUUGUCAUUGUUUGAAGCAACGGAAACAAUGUUCGUUAACAACGGAGGGUUUUCGUCGACAUACUCCAGAGAGAGUAAGAUACGCUAUUGGUGCUUUGAUGUUGUGUUUUAUGCUAUGUACAGUAUUUCUUAAACAUUUCGAGUGUGUUGAACUACAGUAUAUAUAUUUACAUGUCUAUAUGUUUUUUUUUUCUGUGGAACAAUUUUAUUUGUUAUCAUUUUUUUCUAUUAAAUCAUAAAAUAAUAUG